AUGGCUAGUCCCAGCAAACUCAAAGCUGCGCUGAAAGUGGGUGUCCUAGACAACGUUCUUCAUGUUUCCCUAGGUGAUCGGCUGCGAGAGAUUCCGACCACGCACUCGACCCCCUUCCCCGAGGCUAUAUCAAGCCGAUCACAGCGCGGGGCAAUAGAGAAGGAGGCGAGUAGAUUAGCCAGGAUGGCCGUGGGCUGGUGCAGUCGAGUCAUUAGCAAGAGUGCCGACAAGGAAGCAUAG